AGGCACUACUAUAUGAAUGUAAAAUCUUUUUUUAUUAUUAUUAUUACACUAAGAUUAUAUAAAUAAAUUUGAACGAGAGCUCAGGUUAUACAUACAUAUAAAACUGGAUAAAAUGUGGAAUCGAAUAUGACAUAAAACUAUGAACAAAUGGUGCACAUCAGACUGUCAAUUAGAUGUAGUAUUUUUGAAUAAUGCCUUCUAAUCCUACAUGUGAUAAGAUUUAAUAAAUGAAGAUCACAUGAAGGUUAAAACUGAACAACAUUGAGUUUAAGCACAUUAAAUAAACUUCUAAACAGUAAAAAUGGGGGUAAAAAAACUUCAUCAAACAAGUGAGAGUAAAGCUCAUCUUAAGCCGAGUUUAUGGAUCUAAACGGAUUUCUAAUAACGGCUGUGUGAAUCAGUGUCUCCCCCUAGUGGACACAGAAUAGAUAAAGCUGGCAUUAGUCAGCCAGUAGGUCAAAACGACAGGGAGGGAGACGUGUGAGGUCGUGACUUUAUUACAUCACAAUAAAUUGUAAAAAAAAAAAAUCUUAACUUUUUUUUAACACUGGAGAUUUUUAUUGAUUUGUCAGAAUGAGGGAUGCGCUUCAUCCGAUCUGAUCAGUUCGCUGUAAAACUUGAAAAAUAUUUGAAGUAAAAAAAAAAGAAAAGAUCAUACCAAACAACCCAUGUUGUUCAUAUUUUCCACAGUAAAACUGACUUUGUGAUCGUUUUUGUUAGUGGCUCUUACUCUGCGUUAAGGAAUUUGAAGUCUAGUAGUAAAAUAGUGCUGAAGCACACAUCCCACGGUGCAGCGGGCAGCUGUGGCCUGUCAGCAGAUGAGUAGCUAUAACCCUUCUAAAAACAUGUCCAGUAGCCACAUGUCUUUUACGUACGUUACAUAAACAUCUCCACUGAGACAUUUUCUUUAAGAAGAAAAACAGUGAAAACCAGUAAACCGUGCAUGUCUUACUUUGCAUAACCGCAGCGUUACGCUGCUGGAUGCUGAACAUUCUGUGCUGUGUCUCAAUGCUGUGGUUCAGCAAAUCAGCUGAAUCAGGUUUCUUUCUCCACAUCCUAACUCUCUGCGUCUUUUGCCAGUCUAUUUUAUCGCAUGAAGGUGUUUAGCUGAAAGGUAAUUGUAACUCAAAGUGUCCCAAUAUGAUAAAAAGGAAGCAGGGGAAGGAAGACAUUCCACUUCUGCUUUCCACUGACCAAAAAAAGAAGAAAGAAAAAAAAAAACGCCCCAGGGAUGUACAGAGUGAGUUCUUUCUCCUGUCCUCAGACUGUACUCUGCAAUUUUAUGAUUUACUGGCUGAUUUAAACUAUGGGAAGGUGGAUCAUCAUUAUUUUGGGAUUAAUUCCAGGUGUCUGGAGUGGAAGAUGGGGAGUGACCUAUGAAAACCAGUGCGCUUUGAGAGGGGCGUCAGUAGAUUUGAAGUGCAAGUACGACUAUACUUUAGGGAAUGUGAUCACCAGGGUCAGCUGGUCUAAAGCCCAGCAGGUCUCUAACAGAUGGAUUCAGGUUCCCCUCUCACAGCUCCCUUCGUCGCCAAACCAUUUUGCAUACAUUGGCGAUUACCACGGCAACUGCGACCUGAGGAUCAAUAAUGUUCAGGCUUCCGAUCAAGGAGCAUAUUAUUUCAACUUUGCCGCAACAUUUGGGAAAUGGACAAGUGACACAUACGCUUUCUUGACUGUGAGAGGUAACAACAGAAGAACACAUAAACACAUAUCCAAGACUUUGAAGGGACUCAUGUGUUUCUCUGCCUCUGUGACAGAGCUGACCACAGUGGUGGAGCCGAGCGUUGCCAGGGAGGGGGACGCCGUCAAGCUGACCUGCAAGUCGGGCUGUCCUGAAACUAAGAAGAUCAGCUGGUUCAAAGAUGGGCGACUUGUUCGGAGGCCACAGUUCCAGGCCAGCAGAGAGGAUGCUGGGAGCUACUCCUGCGCCAUCCAGGGAGAGGAGACGGUCCGGUCGGCCUCUGUUGCUCUGAAUGUUCACUAUCAGCCGACGAAUGUUUCAGUUUCAGUGAAUCCAGAGCAUAUUGUUGCGGGCAGCGGCGUCAAUCUAACCUGCAUUAGCGAUGCUAACCCUGCAGCAGACAACUACACCUGGUACAAAAGGACAGAACCGACCGGCUCUCACUCCCGGGUCCAUGUGGGCUCAGGGCAGGUGCUGUCCCUUCCCUCCAUGGAGUCGUCCCACUGCGGCCUCUAUGUCUGCUACGUGAGGAACAGCCUUGGAGAGGGCAACUCACCCGAGGUGGUCCUGGCCAUGGCAGCAGGGCAGCAUGGCAGCCAGUCCCUUCCCAUCUUAGCUGGAGUUGGACUACUUCUUUUUGUGGCGUUAGUUGCCGUGCUGCUUUUGUUCUGGAGGAAACAGAAGUCUGAGGCGGAUAAAAAAACUCAUUUAGUCUCCAGACUCCAUGGAGGAGCAUCAAACCCCGAAGAACCGACAGAAACUAUUUAUUCCGACAUUCACACGCCUCCACCUUCUCCUCCACCCGUCUCUGACCCCUACAGCCCUCCAGCUUCACGCGGGAAAAAUACUCCUAAAUCUUCGGAGGCUGAGAUUAUCUACACCACAGUGACAAUCAAACCCAGAGACCGGAGAGCAGCACAACACAAAAACUCCUGGUCUUACGGCGGAGCAGAUGACAGCUCUGUGAUCUACUCCUCGGUCGCCAAAUCCAGCCGAUGAUUCGUCUCCUGACAGCAUCUUCGUUUUAAAAUACAUACUUGACACGUUUCGGGAGAAAGAGACAUUAAAAGCUAAAGAAUUCAGAAUUUUACUGAAAUGUAGUUUUUUUUUUCUUUAUUUCUUUUAAUAUUAAAUUUUGCAUAAAAAAAAAAACUGUUACUUAUGUUAAAAGUGUAUUGUGUUUAAAAAGAUUGUUUGUUAUUUUUGGACAGCAUGAACCACAUUCUGCACAACUGUAAAUAUUGUAUGUGAAAAUAAAUAAUAUUUAUUGUGA